AUGCUGGAGAAGUUGCCGUGUGAGAUCCUGAUGCUGAUCGCGGAUUGGCUGCCACCGGCCAGCCUGCGCGCCCUCAGCCGAGCUUCGUCUAGAUUGUAUUCUAUCCUGAUUCCUCAGAUCUACCGCACCAUUGCAUACCGCGCAGACAGCGAGUGGGCUCUGAACGUGCUGGAUGUUGGCUCCUUCUUCCUCCACCUCGGCCACUCUCGUGCCGCGGAUUAUCUACAACACGCGCGACACCUGCAGAUCCAGGCUCCAUUCCACCUCGUCCGGUUCAACCGAUGUGCGUACUACAACAUAUUUCGUACGGCGGGACUGCCGGUGUCCCCAAAUACGCUGGGAGCCUCGGAUGAGGUGACGGCCCAUGCGCGAUUUCUGGACGACGUGCAGGGUCAACUACAGCUAAUCUUCACCCACUUGAAGCCGAAUAGCCUGAGCACUUUCGAAUGGCGUCUGGGGACAUGUGUCCCGAUGGGAGUCCUCGACCAGGGCGGCUAUCUCAGCAGGUACCAACGUCGCCUCACCCAUCUCUCACUCGUCACCGACGGCACCUGCCCUCAUGAAUGGCACCACCUAGAAGGGCUAUCCGAACUUUCGUGUCUGACGGCCUUUGAAUGGGAAGGAAUCCAACACCCGACCGAGGCUGAUCUGCUGCGACAGUGCAUCCGUCACAAUUGGAGCUAUCUCAACCACCUGUCCAUCGGCUUUGUUCCGUCCGCUUUCGCCGGUGCUUUGUGCUGGGAGAGUCUUGGGCUGCAGCAGCGAGAGCUGAGGGUCGAUGAUACAGUAUUCGAGAAGCCCACAGCCGUUCCGGCCUUGUCCACCCUGUUACUGUCCAAGGUGACACUUCCACCAGACCUCUCAUCAGAGGGGAUCUCGAUGUUCUGCGCCCUGCGAGCGCUUACACUACGGGACUGCCCGAAUCAGCUGCUUCUCUUGGAGUUGCUGUCUCAAUCACGCAAGCCGCUGCAACUGGAGCAUUUUGAAAUUUCGUAUGAUUUCCUGCUGCACGAGCCGGGCAAUCGGAGCUUCCCUGCAAUCGUGCGAUUCCUUUGUUCGUUUCGUGGACUGCAGCAUCUUCAUAUAAGGCUGUCUAAUUUUCCAGCGUCAAAGUCCCGCAUCGAGGACGCCAUCAGACACCACCGCACGACAUUGAAAAGCCUUGUCUACCACGAGCGCCAACUCUCUCCGGUCGAUGAGGAUGGUUUGUUUGAGGAUGACAGGGACGUAUCGCCCGUGUGGAUUGCAGAUUUGUCUACCAUUGUGGAUCUAGGUCGGGUGACUGCUCUGGCCCUAUGUGCAAGUCCUUCUGCAGCACGGCGGUGCCUACGUCCAACGGCGAAGCGUUCUCAGAUCCGACUUUUACACUUGCGGUUUAGCGGUCCCGAGCGAAUACAUCGAGACAUCCAACGAGAGAUCAUCACCUUCCUGCAUGAGAAACGCAGAUUGUAUCGCCGAGGCUUUCGCUUGCACGGGAGUCCCGUGAAUCCGGAUACCGGGUGCUCCCAUGAGAAUAGUGACGAUGGUCGCAUUCUCAACGCGUACUUUGAUCGGUCGCCAUUCGAGUAUAUAGAUCUGCAAGAAGCAGUGCUCGAGUCUUCGGUGGCUAUUGCGGAGGCUGAGGAAAUUGUGUCAUUUGCCGAAUGGGCUUUCGGCCCCGGCGGACUGCCAGCUCUGCGGGUCCUUGCUUUCGGCGACUUCUCCCACGGUGAUCGAUACAGUGGGCAGCAGUUUCUGUUGCGUCGUACCUGUCUUGCAUGGGACUUUGCCGGCAAGAGUGUCGCCGGCGAUACAUGCGACGAUACGAUGCGAGUGCCAUUUCGACCGGCGGAUAUGGCUGAUCCUUCCAUUUGGGAUGGUGUUUCGGUGGAGGGGGCUCGGUUUCUCUCUGCGUGUCCAGGGGGUGGGUUGAUGGAGUCACCGUACGAGCUGUAG